AUGCCGCUACCGAUUGCACGCAGUGCUAUUCGACGAGUAUCCGUACACAGUAGUGCUUUCACGCUCCGCUGCGCGGGGAUGCGUAUGAUCUCAACGCCUUCUAAGAAGAAGCAGGACGGUGGCCAUACCCAGCCGAAAGCGGCUGCUUCGUCUUUGGCCCACGACGCCACCACAGCGGUUCGGUCUCUCGUGCCGCCCCCUCAGCCCUUGCGCAUUGUCCCCCCGACGCCCGAGGAAGAGGCGCACAUGUUCGAGAGCACCGUCGCGAGUGUCGAGCAGUGGCUUGCGAGCCCGCGGUUCGCUCAGAUCCACCGGCCGUACACGGCGCGCGACAUUGUGUCCAAGCGUGGCAGCAUGCCUGUCCAGCCACCCGCCUCCUCUCUCAUGGCCGACAAGUUGUAUGCGCUGCUGGAGCGAAAUGCCACAAAUCGCACGGCCAUCUCGACGCUGGGCGCGAUCGACCCCGUGCAACAGUCGCAAAUGGCACGACAGCAGGAUGUGGUGUACGUGUCGGGAUGGGCAUGCUCGUCCGUGCUAACCACCUGCGAUAACGAAGUUGGUCCUGAUCUUGCUGACUACCCCUACACGACUGUGCCAAACCAGGUCGAGCGUCUGUUCAAGGCGCAGUUGCACCACGAUCGGAAGCACUGGGACGAGCGGUGCCAUAUGUCGGCGGAUCAGCGCGCUACGACGCCAUGGGUCGACUACUUGCGUCCUAUUAUCGCCGAUGCUGACACAGGUCAUGGUGGCCUGAGCUCUGUAUUCCGCCUCGCCAAGCUGUUCGCAGAACAGGGCGCCGCUGCUAUCCACAUGGAGGAUCAACUGCACGGCGGCAAAAAGUGUGGCCACCAGGCCGGCAAGGUGCUCGUGUCGACGGGUGAGCAUAUCAAUCGCCUCGUAACGGCACGCUUUGCGUGGGACAUCCUCGGCUCAUCCAACAUCCUCAUUGCACGCACUGACUCCGAGUCCGCCAAGCUGAUCUCGACGAAUAUCGACGUGCGUGACCACGAAUUUAUCAAGGGCGCCUACAACCUGCCUCCUGGCACCAAGUCGCUAUCGGAAACACUGGCUGAGAAAGAGGCACAGGGCGUCCAUGGUGCCGAGCUUGACAAUGUGGAGCGCGAGUGGAUGGACGGCGUGAUGCUCGUGACGUUCAACGAAGCCGUGGCGAAUCAUAAUGCCUCGAACCCAUCGCUUCUCGAAGAGUAUGACCGACGUGUAGAAGGCGGCGUAUCCAACGCUGAGGCGCGUCGUAUUGCUAGCGAGAUCUUUGGCGAAAAGGGUGUGCCGGCCUGGGACUGGCACGCACCACGGACCAAGGAGGGCUACUUCCACUUCAAGGGCGGCUUGUCGGCAGCGAUCAAGCGCACCAAAGCGUUCGCCCCGUACUCGGAGCUACUGUGGCUCGAGACCAAGACGCCCGAUCUCGUGCGUGCACAGGGCUUUGCGGCCAAGAUUCACGAAGACUUCCCUGGCAAGUGGCUCGUGUACAACCUGAGUCCGUCGUUCAACUGGAGUGCGCAUGGCUUCAGCGAUAACGAUCUGCGCACGUUCAUCUCUGAUCUCGGUCUCUCAGGCUUUGUGCUCCAGCUGAUUUCGCUCGCAGGUAUUCACUCGACGGCCCUCAUUACGCACGAGCUGAGCAAGGCCUUUAAGGAGGACGGCAUGCUUGCCUACGUCAAGCUCAUUCAGCGCAAAGAACGCGAGAGCGGCACAGAUAUGCUAACGCACCAGCGCUGGAGCGGUGCGCAGUACAUGGACCGUGUGCUGCAGACCGUCAGCAGCGGCACGUCCAGCACCUCGAGCAUGGGCGCCGAUAGCACCGAGCACACCUUUUAA